AUGGAAGACUUGUUAGACCUCUCGUGGAAUGUGUGUUCGCACGUUAGCGCCUGUUUGGGAGUUUCUAUGUUGUGGCUUCGUGAAUGGAAGGCCAGGAAAAUCGAUGCUCGUUAUUCCUUAAUUUUAAAGCGCUAUUCAAGAUUCUUCGUUUCAAUUUAUCACAUUCAAACGCAGCCAAGAGGAAAAGGAAGCAAGGGUUUGGGAAAGGGUGGAGCCAAGAGGCACAGGAAGGUGCUGAGGGACAACAUUCAGGGCAUAACAAAGCCGGCUAUUCGUCGUCUGGCUCGCCGUGGGGGAGUAAAGCGUAUUAGCGGGCUCAUCUACGAGGAGACUCGCGGCGUACUCAAGAUCUUUCUCGAGAACGUCAUUCGUGAUGCCGUAACCUACACUGAACACGCUCGCCGCAAAACCGUGACGGCUAUGGACGUCGUUUACGCGCUCAAGAGGCAAGGCCGCACGCUCUACGGCUUUGGAGGAUAAGGCAUUUUAGGAUUAGGGUUGAAAAAUCGUUUCUGGUGAAAUUCUGUAUGAAUUGCAGUUCCUUUUGUUCGUAGGGUUUUGUAUUGGAAUCAAUUGAAUAUCUCUAUUGAAGGACUGUUGAGGUCUGUGCUUAGACAUUUCGGUGUUUACAUCA